CGGCGUUUUUAUGGUACGCGGCGGGUUAUGGCUGAAAUGCAGUGCAAUGACGCCCCCGCGGUAAUAAACGUUCCAGCCCUGCUGACUAAAAUCGCCCCUGGUUUUAGAUGAGAUGUUAAUUUUAAUUAAUACCAACAUUUUGCUGCAUUUUUGUUAUAAGAAUAUGAACAUUCAGUGCAUAUUUGCACUGCGCAUUGUUCUCCUGGCACGCCAGAGUGUCACGUAUUUUAAAACGUUGUCAAAUCUACUUAAACUGUGUCUGGUCCAGUGCUGGCCCUUCACUGUCACUGAUGACACCUGGUCUAAGUCAUGCUUAGAAGCUGAUUGUUUAUGACAGCUGAUACAACGACUCAGAGAUAGCAUUAGCAACGGGUGGUAUUGACCAUACUACUACCAGAGCCUUGGGAUCCAUGUUUGGCUACGAUCCCGCGGCUGUUACACUCCUCGCUGUGUCGAGGGUAGACAGUAGCAUAACCAACUCCUCUAAAAUACUGUCCUGUCGGUAGCUAGCUCUGUCUGUUAGCUCUGGUGUCUGGGAUUAGCAGGUUUCUACUAAACCACUGCAGCUGAGGAUAAAGUUGUUCGAUCAGCAGCUCCAGUCCUUCGAGUUUACGUUUUGUGUGCGUGUGUCUUUUCUACAGUCAUUGGUGUGGAGUGGUUGUACUCUUUAGCCUAGCCUCACUCUUCAUCAGUUUCCCACUUCCGCUAUUUCCGCGCGUGCACCGCCGGUGUUUACUCGACGUCCAGACAAGCGAUAAAACGUGAACUGUGUGUGACGUAAUCCAGGACCCAGAGUGCAUCACACACAAACACAUCACACGUACGAAAAAUGAAAGCCACGCCCACUAACAUCAGCAGCUUCAGGCAAACGGGGCUUGACCAAUCAGCACCUCAUCUGAUGAUCAGCAGGUGUGAACUUUAUUAACGCUACAGUACCAAAGAGUCACACUCUGACUUCUACAUCUUUGCCUCAGCAUUACAAAGACUCCUCAAGAGGCUUUUAAUCCAUUCACACAAUGACUCGAAGAUCAUUUCAAGUGUGGAUUUUCCUGCUGUGUGCUUAUCAACUCUUUUCACACGCAACUGCUGAAAACAAAGACCAGAAAGUCAUCCCAGCUGAGUCUGGAGGGAAUGUCACUCUGCCAUGUCAAGCUCCAGACAAGGGCAUCUCCGUUAUAGUUGUAGAGUGGAGCAGAGCUGAUAUAGAAGAUGAAUAUGUCCUUUCCUACCGGGAUGGGCAGUUUGAUCCUGAGGACCAGCAUCCAUCUUUUAAGAACCGGGUGGAUCUGCAGAACAGACAGAUGAAGGAUAGAGACGUGUCUUUGAUUCUGAACAAUGUGACGAUUAAUGACACUGGAACAUACGAGUGUCGUGUUGUCCAGAGAAGAACAAGCCGCAGGAAGAGAGCUCAUCUGAAGACUGACCCCAUCAGCGUCAUCUACCUGAGAGCUGUUGAUCCUCCAGGUCAGACAGGAGGACUCACAGAGGAUGGAGGGAAGGAGGAUGAAUUUGUUGGACUGAAAGUUGGUCUGUCAGUUUCUGCUUUGCUUCUUGUUACUGCUCUUGUUGGUUUUUUGGUGUACAGAAAACGGCAACAGAGAAAUUAUCCUAAUGAAUUGUAGCAUGUUUGAAAUGCCCCAGAGGUUUUUACACCUUAAUGGCGGUUCAACCUCUCAGUGUUGACUGAAAUUAUCCAUCACAUUGUGUAUUUGGUGUUCAGCAUCUUUGGGAAAGACUUCAACCUGUUCUUUAAGGCACGCUAAAGAACUUAAACUAAGGAUUUAUUCAUCCGAAAAGAACAUUUAAAUAAUUGCUUAACUUUUCUUUUUUUCUUUGGUGCAAAACAUCAACGAUCUGUCCAGCAAACAUUUUCAGAUUCAAAGUUUGAACAUUCAAUAACAGCAUUAUUUGUAAAAUAUCUGAAAAACAGUCCAAAAAAACUGUCUGCUCGACGAGCUUCAUGAACACCAGCUGGAAAUCCUCAUAUUUGAAAAAGAAUGCUGUGAGGUGGAGCUGUACUUACAGUUUAAAUAGUUUCAAUUCAGAGUAUUGAAAGUUUAUUGUAUGUAGCUAUUAUUUAUAGAUGUUUUCUAAGCACUACUUGUACUGUUAAAGAGCACAUCAGCAUCUCCUUCUUUAAGCUGCUCCUGUUCACCACAGCGGAUCAUCUACCUCCAUCUCCUGCUGCAUGCCCCCCUAAACUAUAUCCAUGAAUCUCUCUGAGGUCUUUUCCUCCUCUCUGACAGCUCCAUAUUCAACAUCUUUGGCCCAGUAUAUUCCCAUUCCCUCCUCUGCACAUGUCCACUUUGAAUGUAAUGUUAGCAAUGAUGAAGAUGACUCAGAAUUUUGUCUGUACUCAUGAGCCUUCUUUUAUCAGAAUCUUUCUGAUCUGUUGAUGCUGUUUCUACUGGAGCUCUCCCCCUUCAUAUCCCUGUUUUUAUUCCACAAGUGUUUUUAUACCACAAAAAUCACAUGCCUUGAUAUGACUGUUAUUGUUGUUAUAUAAACCCUAUAUAAUGAAACCUAUAAAUUAAAGAAAAUCAGUCUCGAA